UUGUUACUCCGCUCGAAAAAGGUGGGAGACCGUCAAAAUGACGAGGGCAGGAUCGAGUUGAGACGUGUCCCACAUCGUCUGAGACUGCCAGUCAGUGCUGAUAGGAUUGGGGUUUACAGACCGUCUAAACUCCAGGUCCAGAAGAGUUCAGCGAGUUUAUAGCAUCGACGUGUCCAGUCCAUUUUGAUUUUAUUCAGUGGGUUGGUGGGGACACCACAAGGGUCUAGGCAAUUUGGUCGACUCCGGACACCUUUUCCAAUGAGCGUAAACCAUUUGUAUCUCCUCGUCCUCUUGUCCGGACUGGCAGCUUCAGGCUUGUUACCGGUCAGUGGGCUGAGGGUGGAAACGUCGGGGGAGGUGGAGGCAGUGAACGGUACAGAUGUGUGGCUGAAAUGUACCUUCCAGAGCAGCUCGCCCAUCACCCCAGCAACGCUCACGGUCUCAUGGAGCUUCCGACCCUUCGGACCUGGCCGGGAGGAGUCAGUGUUCUAUUACCAUGAGAGGCCUUACCCUCCCCCGGAUGGGCGUUUCCAUAAGCGGGCGAUAUGGGCAGGUGACAUCAUGGGGCGGGACGCCACCAUCGUGGUACGUAAGGUCAAGUUCACUUACAAUGGGACGUUCAGCUGCCAGGUGAAGAACCCUCCGGACGUCCAUGGCAACGCGGGGGAGGUGAAACUGACCGUGGUCACCACAGCCUCCUUCUCUGAGAUGAUCAUGCUUGCUGCAGCCAUCGGGGGCGCCAUCGUGCUGAUGGUCAUCUUCCUCGUCAUCAUCAUGUCAAUAAGACGAUGUCGCGAGAAGAGACGGGAGGAAGAGGGGGCGGAGGAACUACCUCGCAGACAGAGAAAGGACCCUACCGUGUGCCACCCUGCACGGGCCAUCCACCUGUAUGUGGACGAUGACGUGCUAGAGGUUGACAGCUCGGACGGUAUGAUCUCGGAGGCCAGCACCAAGGACCCCAGUUCCUCUGAGGAAGACGACAGGAGCUCUGACUACGGCGGAGGCGAUGACUCUGACUGAGAUGGGGACAGUGAAUGUUGGCUUUAUUUUAGGCUUUACCUCUAUGUGCUUGUGGUAAAACUUAAUCCACAGUUGUUGUUUUUUAAACUAUUGAUCUUCCGUGGCUACAUGCUCUGUGGUGUAUUUCAAAAAUUGAGAGUGGGCUCCUGUGGUUGGAUAGAAUAUAUACAGUUUAUAUACACUACUGUUCAAAAGUUUGGGGUCACUUAGAAAUGUCUUUGUUUUUGAAAGA